GCUGCUUAAUGGACAAAAGUGCAGGCCGUCCUCCGCUGCUCUGCCUGAGGCUUCUAUUGUGGUUGGUCUGGCAUGAAUCGUCCCGCUCGAUCCAUGGAUAUAUAAACGAGGGUUCGAGCUGUUCACCGCAGUUUCUUCUGGCGUGUCUUAGGGAAUCAAUCUAUUUCUAUUAUGUCUGGUAGAGGUAAAACCGGCGGAAAGGCCAGGGCGAAGGCAAAGACUCGCUCUUCCCGCGCCGGGCUCCAGUUCCCCGUCGGUCGUGUUCACAGGCUGCUGCGUAAAGGCAACUACGCACAUCGCGUUGGUGCCGGCGCCCCCGUCUACCUGGCGGCUGUGCUGGAGUACCUCACCGCUGAGAUCCUGGAGCUGGCUGGAAACGCCGCCCGCGACAACAAGAAGAGCCGUAUCAUCCCCCGCCACCUGCAGCUGGCCGUCCGCAACGACGAGGAGCUCAACAAACUCCUGGGCGGAGUGACCAUCGCUCAGGGCGGCGUGCUGCCCAACAUCCAGGCUGUUCUUCUGCCCAAGAAGACCGAGAAGGCCCCAAAGUCCAAGUAAAGCAAAGCUGCUGGAAAC